ACAACUCGGUUGUUAGGAUUCACAUGGCCGAAUUUGCAACAGAUUUGCAAGCGUUUAGAUCAUCUUUUCAUUUCUUAGAUAUUGAUCCAAGCAUGGAACUGAUAAACCAAUUCACAGGGAUGAGGCCAUGUGUCUUGGACAACUCAGCUCUUCAUUUUCAAAGCUUGAUUUCUUUCUCCUGUGACACCUCCUUAGCCUCCCCUCAGCCUCAAUUUGAAAGAAAAUUGGAGGAAAUUUUUCCUAGCCUUGUCCAUCAUGUCAACCACAAUGCUGUUCCAGUUUCUUCGCCCAAUUUUCCUGGGGAAAAUGAAGUUCAUGAAAGUAAAAAGAGGAAACCAACAGAUGUGCUACAGACCAAUUCCACAAAUUCAACUCCUGCACCUUUUGAGAGUGGAAGCAAAACGAAAAAUAGUUUUAAAAGAAGUAAGAAGGUAAAAAGCAAUGUAACAGAUGUAGACAAUUCAAAGGACGUGGUUCAUGUCAAAGCCAAAAGAGGUCAAGCUACUGAUAAUCACUAUUUAACAGAAAGGGUUAGAAGAGGGAAAAUCAAUGAGAAGUUAGGGUGCUUACAGGACAUUGUUCAAGGAUGCUGCAAGACUAUGGGUAUGACCGUAAUGUUGGAUGAGAUCAUAAACUAUGUUCAGUCCUUGCAACAUCAAGUGGAGUUCCUCUCCGUGAAGCUUAUUGUAGCAAGCAACUUCUGUGACUUCAAUUUAGAGACAGAUGCCUUGGAAACAAUGCAGGUAGCAAUGGCAGCUGAGGCAAAAGAGUUAUCUAAACAUGGGAGAGAAGGCUUCGUAGGAAUUUCUUAUUUUCAACCGACCUAG